GUGUGCACGCGCGUAUGCACGAGGUGAGCGCGAUAUGGAGGAUUCGGGCUCUGUACCACCUUCGGCCUCAGCCUCCGCUGCAACCCCCACCUCCGCUCCGGCGGACCCGACCACCCUGGAGCACCUGGACGAGAAUCAGGUUAGAAAGGCAGUAGAAGCUCUGUUGGCACAUUGCAGAUCUAGAAAAAGCAAUAAUGCAUUGCUUUUGAAUGAGAAGGAAAAUUUAUUUUUAAUGGUGGUGUUAUGGAAAAUUCCAGAAAAAGAACUGAGAAUCAAAUUUUCCUGGUCCCUUUCAGAUGUAUUUCUAAAUGUUGCUCUCGAUAAUCCCUUUCCAAGCUUUAAAACUGAGUACAAAGCGUAUGAGGCCAAGCUCAGGCUCCUGGGUGUUUUGAUUUCUUCCUUGCUGAUGAAAGAAUCAGGCGGCUUCUUACCCUCACACAUAGGGAGACAUUUCUAUCAAGGAAGAAGUAAGUUUCUAGCGCUGCCUGUGCUUUAUUUUGAAGGGUUAUCUUUAAAAUCUUUGCUUAACGUUGUGUUAAAUUCCAGUUCUAUCCGCAUCGGGCACACUGGGAUGCAGAUUCAGGACAUCACUGAAAACAUCAUUGCCGUUGCAGAAAACCUGGCGAGAAAGUUGCCAGAGAAGUGGCAGAGUGUCAAGCUCCUGUUUGUGAAAACUGAGAAGUCUGUUUCCCUCCCCAUCUUCUCCUCGUUUGUGAGCUGUGUGGAUGAAAGCAGCAAAGUGUCCUUCCAUGAAGUGAGGAGAAGAGUAGAGGGGGCGAGAAGUCGUGAAAAACAAAAGAAGAAAAACAGGAAGUUGAAGCGAAAGGCUCAGAAUGCUGCUGAAUCGAUCCUAUCUCUAGAUGACUUGCUACCCGCCUCAGUUACUGGCGUUCCAGUGAAGGGCUCUGAGGCCCGGAAGAAAAGAACUGGCAGAGUAAAAGGCAGAUCUAAAGUGACAGACGAAGCCGAAGAUGAAAUUCCACAACUGGUACCAAUAGCAGACACUCCAGCUAAAGAAAACAGUGAGAUACUGAAAAAUACCACAGGAAAGAAGUCUCCAAAAAAGAAUCCUGGCCCCAACAUACCUGGUGGCAAGAAGAGAAAGGUCCUGGCUGCUGGUGAGGCAUCCACAGCUGCAGAGCCUGGGGCCCCAGGUAAAGGCCCAGAGAAGAAGCUAAAGAUGGAACCGAAGGCAAAGGACAGAAGCGCCUCACUGGGGAAAAAAGACCAGAGACAGACUCCAAAAAAGCCAGAGGCCAAGUUCUUUGCCAAUUCUAGGAAUUCUGCAAAGAAAACUCCCAACACCCCCAAACAGGGGCCAAAAGCUCCCAAAGUGGCCCAAUCAACCUGAAAUUACUGCUUCCACCAAAGGACACAUCAGAGUUACCUGAAGAGCUUUAAAAAUACUUAGGCUGACUGGGCACCAGUGGCUCACUCUUAUAACCCUAGCUACUCAGGAGGCAAAGCAGUAGGAUCAAGGUUCAAAGCCAGCUCAGGCAAAUAGUUCCAGAGACCCUAUCUCAAAAAACCCAUCACAAAAAUAAGACUGGUGGAGUGGGUCAAGGUGUAGUGAGACCCUGCCUCCGAUAAAAGAUGAUUUGUGUCCUGGGCGGGAAAGGUAGCUCAGUGGUAGAGCACUUGCUGGCGUGCCCAAGGACCCUGACUUCCAUCCCCAGCACUGGGAAGGGAAAAAAAAAAUAGAAAGUAAAAAUACUCAGAUCCUAACCCCCACUUCAGUGUUCUCCAAGAGUGAGACCAAAACUUAAAUGUUUUCUAAAACCUCCACAGGUAACUCUGAUGUGCUUUCCUAUUUGUAAAAGCCAGUGAUUCAAAGUAAAAUCUAUUUUUAAUUGCUUUUCUGUGUUUGCUAAUGUAGUCAAGGAGGAAGUGCUUCUCUGUGGUUGUGUUUUUGUAUUAAAGUACGUUUGCUCUGAAUAGACAUUUUAUCCCCAAACUUCUUGAUUUCACUCGGCAUCUGUGAUGUGACCCCUUUCGUCAUUGGCUCUUAAGGUUUUUAUUUUAGACAGCUAAUAUAUUAGAUCUCCUUAACAAUUUAUCGGCUUAUGUUGACAAAGGGGUUUAUAGGCCUUCCUUUUAUGAGCCCUGCGGCACCCUCCAUGGCACGCAGUGCAGCAGUGGACACGGGUGCAGCAGUGCUGGGGAGGUUGCAGUAAGCACAGCUCAAGUGAUCCAACACACUCUGAGGCAGGCAGUGACUAUAGGUGCCCAGCUUUUCAGUGCAUUGGAAUUGGGGUACACAUCCCUAGUAGUGAGUGAUGGGUUUGCAGUAUUGCAGGUGGUAUAGGCCCCCAAACCCAAAUCCUGGGUUCCAUAGGUCAAGUCCAGCCACAUGCCCCAACAUCCCAAAUAAAGAUCCAUAAUGGUGAUGGGCAGAGAAAGGUUUAUGGUUUACUGUGGCACAGGAGGAGAAAAGGUAACAUUUCAGGCCAUCUCAGAACUGACACUUGAUGUUGUUCAAACAGAAUUGAGAGGAGUGUGUAAUUGGAAGCUAUUGUGAGAGACUGGCCUCUGCAGAUGGGUCUCCUAGAGGUGUUGCUAUUGAUUUUUGUUGUUGUUGCACUGGAGUUUGAACUCAGGGCCUCACACUUGCUAGGCAAGUGCUCUGCCACUUGAGCCACUCUACCCUCAAAGU